AUGGGAAAUUAUCCACCACAUUGUCAAAAUAUUUCAAAAUAUGAUCAUGUUGCGGACAUUACAAGAACAAGUACACUAUCGCCAUUAGUCUACGGAAACAAUUCCACAUUGUUAGUGGAGCAGAAUAAUUUAACAAAUCAAACUUUCUCAUAUGAAAAAAUUUCAGAAUGUUGGAUAGAAUAUCGUAUCGGAGAUUUUUUACGACGAAGUUUACCAUUUAUUAUAUUACCAAUAUCGUUAAUUUGUAAUGGUAUCAGUUUUCUUGUUCUACGCGGUCGACAUAUGCGUGGAACAUCGACGGCAUUUUUCAUGCUGGCCUUAAGUUUAUUUGAUCCAUUAGUAUUAGUGACAAAAAAUCUUGUUUAUAAAAAUUUUGCAUCAUCUCAUCCAUUUCAUUGUAAAAUAUUAUAUUUUUUUAUUUAUGUUUUAAAUUAUACUACUGUAUGGAUAUUAGUAGUAAUGACAGCCGAUAAAUUUUUUGCUGUUUGGUUUCCAUUAAAAGUAUCGUAUUUUUGUACAAUAUCACGUGCUAAAAUUGUCUGUAUUAUUAUAUUGAGUCUAACGAGUUUAAUAUCGUUACAUCAUUUUUGGACAGUAACAAGUUUAAGCGAUUUUGAUUCAACUACAAAUUCAACCGUUAAAUAUUGUUAUUAUGAUGCAGAUAAAUAUAAACAAUUUAUGAAAAUAUGGCGAUAUGCUGAUUUUUUUAUAUGGUGUUUUAUUCCGUUUAUUCUAAUAUUAACACUGAGCGUGUUGAUUAUUUAUAAAUUACGAAACAAAAAAAGCAUAAAUAUAGAUCUCAAACAGAAAAGAUUUUAUACAAACACCUUUCUAGGUAGCAGAAAGCUGGCAAAUAUUAGAAAAGAUAUUCAUAUUCGAAGUAAUCAGAAAACGGAAGCUAUUCGACUCAAACAUCGUCACAUAACGUUAAUGUUAUUAGCUGUAGCUGUCGUUUUUCUUCUAUUAACGUUACCAAAUAGUAUUUAUUUUGUUCUCGAUUUAAAAUACGAUUUUAAUUCCCGGCCCAAGAAAAAUAAUUAUGCUCAAUGGCUUCGAUAUCGUCGUUUAACAAUAUUGACCAUCGUCCUGUUUCAAUUAAGUGAUUUGCAGCAUACAAUGAAUUUUUUCCUAUAUAUAUUAACAUCAAAUAAAUUUCGUCAAUCCGUAUUAUCCAUAUUUGCUGUAGUCCCAAUUUGUCGACGAAAAAUACAACAGAAUUUACAAAUUACUACUACAACGACAGUAACAACACAACCAGCAUAUCUUUUAUCAUUUCGAUCGAGUACAUCGGAUGUAUCAACGAUAAAUCAUCAUCAUCAACGGAAUGAUAAUAAUCAUCAUUACUAUCAGCAAAUGAGAAAUUUACCAAAAAAAAAGCUAAUUCAACCAAUAUCUAUUGCAAGUGCCACAACGACGAGUAAACCAGAACAGUAUAAAUAUCGAGCUUUAUUCAAUAAUAGAAGAUAUUCAAAUUCUACACCAUCUCUCUGUUAA